GCUCUGCUGUCAAUGUCAACCUCGGAAAUAAAGAAAAACAAGAAUUUCGAUUCUAAGAAUAAUAUUGAUAUACGAUUAAUUUAUUAAAUACAGUAUGUUUUAUUGAUGUAGGCGUUUUAUUAUGAUAUAAAAGUUUCCAUCUGUAUCAUAUUAUGGUCAAUCCAACACCUGGGAUACAGGUUAUAUGCUAAAACUUGUAGGGUACAACUCGAAAUGUGCAUACUGCGUAAAAACUUUUGUGAAAUAGUUUAGGCUUAAAAAAAUACUUAAAUAACCACCACAUACGAUACUGAACCAGUGUAAUAAGUUAAACAAAAUAGAAUACUGAGAUGGAGGACCAAAUCACAGCAUCUAUAUGUGAACUUAACUACCUCAUUGAACCUAAAAAAGAAAUAUUAGAUGACCGAGAGAUAACCCAUGAGUGUGGUGACAAGGACUUAGUACCCAAAAAAGAGAUAACCAACACUAAUCUUAACUUAGACACCACAGUUUUAAACCAACAUAUUGAUAUACCUAUUAAAAUAGAAAUAGAACAAAAUACAUGCAAAAUGGAGCAACAAGCUCCUGCAUUAUGUGAUGCCAACUACCUCAUUGAACCUAAAAAAGAAAUAUUAGAUGACCGAGAUGUAACCCAUGAGUGUGGUGACAAGGACUUAGUACCCAAAAAAGAAAUAACCAACACUAAUCUUCAUUUAGACACUACAGUUUUAAACCAACAUAUUGACAUACCUAUUAAAAUAGAAUUAGAACAAAACACAUGGAAAAUGGAGCAACAAGCUAUUGCAUUAUGUGAUGCCAACUACCUCAUUGAACCUAAAAAAGAAAUAUUAGAUGACCGAGAUGUAACCCAUGAGUGUGGUGACAAGGGCUUAGUACCCAAAAAAGAGAUAACCAACACUAGUCUUCACUUAGACACUACAGUUUUAAACCAACAUAUUGAUAUACCUAUUAAAAUAGAAAUAGAACAAAAUACAUGGGAAAUGGAGCUACAAGCUAUUGCAUUAAGUGAUGCUAACUACCUCAUUGAACCUAAAAAGGAAAUAUUAGAUGACCUAGAGUGUGGUGACAAGGACUUAGUACCCAAAAAAGAGAUAACCAACACUAAUCUAAACUUAGAUGCAGAUUUAGACCAACCGAUGACAAACAUAGUAAUACCAAUUAAAACAGAAACAAUAUUAAGUGAAGGAAUCGUUGGAUUACAAAAAGCUUAUAAGUCUGAAGAUGCAGAAAUGAGAUUUUGUGAUACAGAUCUGCCUACAGUACAUAUGAAGACACAGUAUGUUCAACAGGAGCCUUUCCAAUCUGAAGUAAGUGUGAACCUCAGCCAACCAGUUACUUCCUCAAACAGCACAAAUCCACACAAUACUGGCAACUUGGAAUAUGAAAAUGUGAAUACUUCAGUGAACCACACAAGGACUAAAGAGAAAACCAAUUUCUGUGACCACUGUCCAUACAAAUGUGUGAAACCAAGUCAUUUGAAAACACAUAUGAUGUCUCACACUGGAGAGAAACCAUAUCACUGUAACCAAUGUAAUUAUAAAUCGUCAAAAUCAAGUGCCAUUAAAUACCACAUGAGAACUCACACGGGUGAAAAACCAUAUCAAUGCAACCAAUGUGACUGCAAAUUUUCCAUGUCGAGUGCUCUCAAAAACCACAUUCGGACACACACCGGUGAAAAACCAUACCAAUGUAAGCAUUGUGACUACAAAACUUCUACUGCGGGUGCCCUUAAGUACCACAUGAGAACUCACACUGGUGAAAAACCAUAUUCCUGUGAGCAUUGUGAAUAUAAAUGUACAAAUUCAAGUCAUUUAAAAGCUCACAUGAGGACGCACACCGGUGAGAAACCUUAUCGUUGUAAGCAAUGUGAUUAUAAAUGCUCAAAAUCAAGUUAUCUUAAAGCUCACAUGACAAUCCACACAGGUUAUUGUUGUUUGCAAUGUGACUAUACAACUAUGGCGAUAAGUGCUUUUAAAUACCAUAUAAAGAAUCACACAUAAAAAACCUGUAUGACACUAAUAUUAUAAAGGUAUAAGUUUGUAUGUGUGUGUGUAUGUUACUCCUUCACGCAAA